AUGACCUCUCAGGAGAACUACCCGGUCUUCCGCGAAUGCCUCUCCAGCGCCAUCGUCGCUCGUUCCGAACAUAAGCCCAAGAUCAACCGACGGAAACAAAAAGCGCGGCGCAAUGGGCGCAAAGACGUAGAGACAGAGACAGCAGUCUCCGCGCCCGAACGCGCCGACCCAGAAGAGCUGGCCGAGUUCAUUGAUUUCCUCGCCUCCGAAACCUUCCUCUCUUUCCCAGCAGACCUACAAAACCUUUCAUACGCCGCGACACAACACGACCCGACUCUUGCAGCCCGCUACAUACCCGCAGACGCAGACACGCCCCUCGACCGAGCGGUCAUCGAAACCCUCAGCUCAACAGUACCCGUCAGCAUCUCCGACUCAUUAGCCGUUUACAGCCUCAUUCCCGACGCCAGCGAUCUGCCCGAGUUCCUGUCGCCGAUACUCACCGAGUAUGUCACAAGUGUGACAGCCGGCCCGCCGGCGUGGGCGUCGACGCGCACUGAGGCAUGCGAGAUCUGUGAGCGGGACUGGAUUCCGCUAUCGUACCACCACUUGAUUCCGCGGGGCGUGCAUGCCAAGGUGGUGAAGAAGGGGUGGCACGACGAGUGGAUGCUGAACAGUGUUGCGUGGCUAUGUCGCGCUUGUCAUAGCUUUGUGCAUCGCAUGGCUACUAAUGAGGAGCUGGCAAGGGAGUGGUUUACGAUUGACCGAAUCUUGGAGCGGGAGGAUGUGAGGGAUUGGGCGAAGUGGGUUGGGCGGGUGAGGUGGAAGGCGAGGUAG